AUGGAGUUCUCUGGGAGGGAUUUGGCCGACAUUCAGCGCGUCGCAGGUCUCCUGAACGUGACGGUGGACGAGUUGCUGCAACAGAGCCGUGUGCAUGGCAGGGACACCGCGUCCGCAAGCAGUUCACCUCAGCCAUCACCAUUACACCGGCCAACCCAACGCCGUUCCCCCCUUUUCCAAGUCAGUAAUGCCUUUUCCAGCCCGCUGCAAACGCCUACAGACCUCGAUCUCGAUUCCUUUGCGCUAGUUAGCCCGGCGAUCUCAGCUCUCCGUCUGGGCAGCGCCAGCAGCGACCCAUCUGAGUUGGUUCUUCCCUCGCCAGCCGGCCCGCAAGACCAAGGCACCGAAAAUGUGAUUCUUCUAAAUCCCCAUACGACCUCGUAUGAUUGCGAUGCGGCGUUGUGGGGUUCUAGCGGCGCUGGUGAUCAUGACUACACCCUAGACGACAACUUCGCCAACCAGGUCCCAAGAGAGGACGACGCUUCUUACGUAUCAGUAGAGGGUAUGGACAUUUAUUCUGAAAACGCCAGUGGUUACAUAUCUGGGGGUGGCCAGGAUAUUGCGCCCGAGGAUGUGUCGUCAAGCUGGGCCAUCGUCUCCUCAUCACCAGAACAAGCAUCAAUGGGCAAUGCAUCUCCGUCCCUCGAGUCUGUGGACAAACGAUAUCACAAGAUCGCACCGAAGGUUCCGCGGCAAACAGGACCUACACCCGCAAAUAACUCCUCACAUCGGGUUAAGAAGAAGCGGAGUCCCUACGAGGGUAGUAAGCGGAUUGACACGCACCUUACACGCCAGCUUCAUGCUUGCGUUCGGUGCCGGAUGCAACGAAAUAGAUGUAUCCCUGACCCUACCAACCCCCGUGGUCCCUGCCUCACCUGUCAACAAAGGACGGUCCGUAUGAGCCGACUGCCAUGCCUUCGCUAUAUGGUCACGGACAGCACCCUCUUCCGCACAGGCCUUGAUUACAUGCCUUUCUACCGCAGUCACCCCAUGGUGGGCCCUCACUACGGGGAUUUUCAUCUCGAACGCCAGUGGACAGACGCUCAACCCAAAAUUCUCUGCUUCGGCCAGGUUGGGUCGAUGCAUAUUAAAGUCGAACUGCGGGAGUUCAUUCCGGCUGCAAACACGACGGACCUCGACCUUAAGGGCCGCCCAAUGUAUGCCGUUCCAUGGGCCAUCGCCGACCCCGAUGCUGUCACACAGGCCAUUACGGAGUACAUCGAACGAUCUAUUACACAGUACAUGGCCGCAUACUUGGACGACACGGAUCCCCUUGUUUGGAACAUUUUCCAGGCCGCGUACAGGGCUUCGGUCUUUCCGGUUCCGAACGAAAUGCUCAGGAAGACUCUAAGGCUAUGGGUAGCGUGCCGGUUUAUCGAAUCAAAGUGGCGAUGCUGGGCCGAAAGUGGCUGGGCGGACAAUGAGUUCCAAGCUAUGAACCCCAAGGAUCCGUUUUACAAGGACUUUGACUCGCCCCCGCCGUACAUUGACUACCAGUUCGCCUCCAUCAUUAUCCAGCGGGUGUUGAUCCCUUUCAAAAAGGACGUCCUCCGCAUCCUCCAGAGCACCUUGAACACGCACAGUCCCAAGGAUUGGUUCGCUACCUUCUUAACCUCGUUUAUUUUGCUGCAAAACUACGAGAUGCAAAUGCUCUUCCAAAGGCAAUUUGCGAAGCGCAGGCAGUCACAGCUGUUCACGCAGGGAUUUGACUGGACUGCUCCGAGGGUCCGCAGGAUGGCUCGGUUGGAUGCGGAACAAAGCGAGUUCAUGUCGCAAUGCCGGGACGUGGUGAAUUGCGUGAUGGGCGUGGAAACGGUCUUUCUGGGACAACCAGCACAAGGGGGCUGGGGCAACUUCGAGGUUAAACCAGAUCGGAAUCCUCAGUACUUUCCAGUUUCACAACAAUGGCCGACCGAAAUGAAUGGCGAGCUGUGCUGGGGGGCAGACUCUUUUACUUCCGAGGACGAUUUCACCCUGACGCUGGACGAGGGGGAGCUUCGCGAAAUUCGAGCCGGGCUGGAAUAUUUUAAUGGUACAAACACCCAUGGGGACAUUGUGGUCCGGAACCUGGAGCUGACGGAGCUAGAUCUUGAACUUUACGGCAGCGAAGUCACCCCAGACACUUUUCCACUCCCGACACUUGGGCCAAAACUCCGGCAGGUAGCGGUCGAUAUUCACACGGGGCGGGGUUUUGCGGUGGUUCGUGGGAUAGAGCCGGACGAUUUCUCACCAGAGGAAAAUGUUAUCAUAUUCCUUGGUAUCUCGAGCUAUAUCGGGGCCAGGCGAGGCCGGCAGGACGAAGACGGGAACAUGUUAAUGCAUAUUCGAGAUGCCAAACUCUCUACAACGCCGCAAGAAGAUCGCCCGACUCGAUAUUCAUCCAGGGCAUCGACCUUCCAUUCCGACACUUUUUGCGAUAUUCUCGCCCUACAGACCCGCAAUAACGCUUCCUCCGGUGGCCGCAACCUACUUAGUUCCGCUUGGACCGUCUACAACGCGCUUGCCCGAUCCUACCCGCAUCUCCGCGAACUCCUCGCCCAGCCGAUUUGGUCUUUCGACAGCCGCGGCAAAUUCCUACCUUCCUCGACCCGCCCACUGCUACACCACCACGACGAGCGCAUCAUCCUCAAUUUCGCUCGCGAGCCUCUCCUCGGCCUCGAUGGGGUCCACCGUGCGGCCGGUCUGCCCCCGCUCAGCGAUAACCAACGACACGCGCUGGAUACGGUCGAGGCUCUGGCGCGGGAGAAUCAAAUUGUGCUAGAAGCGCAACGCGGGGAUAUGUUAUUCAUCAACAACCACGGGGUCCUCCACUCGCGCGAAGCAUUUGAGGACAGCGCAGUAUCACCACGGUAUUUGGUCCGGAUGUGGCUCCAGAGUGAAGAGGAGGGGCUCCGGUGGCGGUUACCAAGGGGGCCGUUGAAGGAUGGGAAUGCGCGAAUCUAUGGGGAUAAUGAGUUGGGGGAGCAAUGGAACGUGGUGGACGCGCCGAGGGUGAUGUUCCGGUUGAGUGAGCGUUUGACGUCGUAG